UGGCUCCAAAGUUCGUCUGCUGAAGACUACCUACACGGAGAAGACAGUUUAGAUGUUGUUUUUGUUUACUUGACAACGUGACAACUCGACCAUGACUGGAUCAGCCACUAUCAGGAGGUUAGCUGCCAUCGCCUUCCUCAUCACAGUCCUCUCCACAAAAUCAACACACAGCAAACACACCAACGUGGUUCUUGUCGGCGCAACAGGGGACCUGGCUAAGAAAUAUCUCUGGCAAGGCUUCUUUGACUUGUACCAGGCAGAACAUGCCAAGGGGAACACCUUUUCCUUCUACGGAGGGGGAAGGAACAAUGUAGAGGCAGGUGGUCCUAUUCUACAAGAGAUUGUAACAGAGAGUAGGAAAUGUUCCACCGAGAUUGAUAGUUGUAUACAGCAGAGAGAAAACUUCGUCGAAAUGGUGAAAUACCACAGACUGAAGUCAGAAGAUGACUAUGGAGAAUUAUGUAGAACCAUUGAGGUAAACCUCAAACAGUCAGAGCUGGAAGAAAGUGGCAGAAUCUUCUACCUCUCUGUACCUCCGUUUGCUUAUCCGAGUAUUUCGGCCAACAUCCACAAGUUCUGCAGGCCUAAGGAAGCUGGUGCUUGGCUACGAGUCGUGGUGGAGAAGCCAUUCGGACAUGACCUGCAGUCAGCUGAAGAACUGGUGGAGAGUUUGUCGGAGUUCUUCUCGGAGGAAGAGUUGUACCGGGUGGAUCACUACCUGGGGAAGCAGGCGGUGGAGGAGAUCUUACCGUUCCGGCGCGGGAACUGGGACCUGGAGGCCAUGUGGAACACAGAGCAUGUAGAGAGGGUGGAGAUAGUCAUGAAAGAGACCAUUGAUGUGAAAGGUCGAUUGAGCUUCUUUGACAGCUAUGGCAUCAUCAGGGAUGUCCUCCAGAACCACCUGACUGAAAUUCUGACCUUGGUUGCCAUGGAUGCCCCACAGAGAGGUAACCUCAGUGAUUUCCAGCUGAAGAAGCUGGACCUCUACAGCCACAUCCAACCUUUAACCUCAGAGGGCUCUCUGAUUGGUCAGUAUGAAGAAUACAACGACCAAUGGCAAGACGAGUUGCAAAAGGAAGACAAGGACAUCAGCCAAACAGCAACUUUUGCUGCAGUUGUCUUUACCAUAAACAAUGACAGGUGGAAGGAUGUACCAUUUGUUGUUACAGCUGGUAAAAAGUUAGAUGAGAGAGUUGGAUAUGUAAAAGUUGUGUUCAGGAAGCUUCUAGAUGAUGAAAACUGUAUAAAAAGGGCUUGUCCUCAUAAUCAGGUCAUUUUCCACAUUGGACAUGGUAAACUCAAGGUUCCUGCUGUGCUAGUUUCAAAGGGCCUUCCCAAACCAGUAGUGCCAAUGGGGUGGGUUGAGUAUGAACCUCCUGCAGAUAUGGAGAUUUUUGAUCUUCCUGCCAGUGCCUAUCAUGUCUACACCCCAGAGGUUGUCAGGGAUGCAUACAGUUCUAUUAUCGAGUCUGUGUACCAUGGUCAGAGUGACCGUUUUGUCAGUUCUCCACACUUGCUAGAAUCUUGGAGAAUCUGGACUCCUCUUCUUAAAGAGCUGGAAGGAAAGGAGCCAAAGAAGUACCCCGGUGGAAAGGAAGACUCGACACUGCAGUACGUGUUAGUUGACGACAAAUUAUAUUUUCUAUCAGAUCUGUUAGUUGAUCAAAACGAUGCAUUUGCAUUCUCAGCAUCCUCUACACCAGGUUCAUUAAACCUGGCUACUCUGCCAUCUGUGUUUAGAGGUCAGAGGUUAGUCUCAGGCGACAGUGACAAAGUCAUUACUCAACUGGCCAAUGAUAUCAAAGAAAUAGCCUUACAAACUCUCCAAAGAAAAGACCACUUUCACAUUGCGUUCUCCGGUGGCAAGAGUCCCUUAAAGCUGCUGAACUAUCUUGUCCUGGAGUCUGAGAGGAUGGGGUUUCCAUGGAAACAGACCCUUAUUUGGUUUGUGGAUGAGCGCUGCGUCCCCCACAGUGACGAAAGGUCAAACUUCUACUUCGUGGAAAAGAACCUUCUCCGCUACCUCAACAUCCCUUUGUAUAAUAUCAAUCCCAUGCCAGUGGGUGGGGCUUAUGAAGAGUGUGAUGUAAACGGGGCUGACCGAUAUCACAGUAAAAUCUCCAACAUCCUGGACGGUGCCUUUGACUAUGUGUUACUCGGGGUGGGGUCUGACGGACACACGGCCUCCCUCUUCCCAGGAUCCCCUGCACUGCAGGAGCGGGAAAAGUAUGUCACACUCGCCGACGCGACAGGAGAUGCGGAGGUCAAACAGAGGAUGACCUUGACCUUUACAUCCAUCAACAAGUCCCGGAACGUUGGUGUUCUCAUACUUGGGACGGGGAAACAUGGUGUUGUUCAAAAGCUCCAGGAUGGGGGAGUUGAUGUGGAAAGUCUACCCAUAACUGGAGUUAAGCCAGAGCAGGGCAGCAUGACUUGGUACAUUGAUCACCAAGCUCUGUUUGGGCAGGAGUAGAUUACGUUUGAGUUUCAAUCUGUCCUGGAUGACUUAACUGCGUGUUCAAGUACAUACCAUAAUCUUGGUAAUGCUUCUAUUAUGUUUUGGAACUGAAAUCCAAAUCAUUCAAAAGUAUAAUGACAACUAUGCAACAUGGCUUACACUAAGUGUAAGUUUGUGGUCUAUGAAGUAUGAUAUUUACCUUGUGAUUGUUUUUUUUCUUCAAGGAAUGGAAUAAUGACACAGCACAAUACAAACCAGAAAUGAUUUCACAAUCAUGGAUCACAGGCUCAAACUGUCAUGUCUAGUCUAGCUUUUAUAAGUAAAACAUCAAUUGCUAUGCUGCUAUCUCUCUGUAUAUAAGGCAAACAGGUACUAGCUUUUCCAAAAUUCUCAUCCAGCCUUGAGUGAUUGUUACACAUGGGAUGGUAGUAUGAUUUACCAGUAUUGACUGCUAGCAGAACAAAUAUAUUGCACUAGCCAUUAUGUAGAUAAAGUGAAGCAAGGUACCAUACAUGCAAGUCUUG